CACCACGAAUCCGCAACCAUGCCCUCCUUUACAAAAAUCUCGGCAAUACUCCUGCGCUUAAUCGAGUUAACCUUCAUAACCAUAAUCCUCGCCCUCUCGGGGGCGCUAAUCGAGCAACAAUUCCGCGGCGGCACACCCACGCGCGUAAACUUCAGCAUAUUCGCCGCCGUAUUCGCCACAUUGUCGCUCUUGCUGUACCUCAUCCCGGCUAGUAUCUUCAGUAAAAUCGAUAACCCGAUCGCCAGCACUGUUCUUGAUGGCUUGAAUUGCGUGUUCUUGCUCAGCGCUGGGAUAGCUAUGGCGGCACAGUUGGGAGGGCGGAGUUGUGGGAACAAGGUUUGCUCUCCUCUUCUAUACGCCCACCCUGCGUGUGGCGGAUGGCUGACGAAGGAGUGAGAGAGUAGGAAUUUCUCCUUAACAACGGAAUUACCAACGGCGGAGGAUACUUUUCUCCCGCGAAACGGUGUCACGAGGCGAACGCUAUGACGGCGUUUCACUGGUUUGCUUUUGCGGCGUUUUUGGGUAGCUUUGCUAUAAGUGCAUAUGGGAUUCGGGGGAUGACGACUAGGAGUGGCAAUGGUGGGAGUCGGAAACCCAUGAGCCAAGUUUGAAGUGAGUGACUUUUCAUGAUUGGGUGCACGGGAACGGGGGGAGAAAUGGGUGGUUUUGUAAUUAAAUAUUAAGAAUAAUGCAGGGGUUUGGGUCGUUGGAUAGUUUCCGGUUGGGUUAUAUAAUUCUUUGUUUGCUCGUUGUCGGCCCUUUUUGAGAAUGCUUCGUUUUAGCAGCUGGAUGAUCAUUCGAUGGAGGAAGGGAGAUAUAGGGGGAUGAGAUAUCUAGCAGCGCAUCUUCACCAGUUCGCUUCGACUCAUAGCCUCUGAGGAAUGGAUAGCGUAUCUUUGAGCUAUCGGGGAUAAGUCAUCUCCCCUUCCGCCAUUUCAACACGGAAUCCUCUCCUUCUUCUGAGCCGGCAUUCUUGCUGGGAUAGUAUGGGUUCGUGGGGCUUUCUCGACUUCUGUCCUAUUUUAUCGAUGUGUAUAGGAGGAGCUGGCCCACAGAGGGACCCGGCUGCUAGACGAGAGGUUAUCUACUGCCCAGGAGUGGUUCACGAAAAGUACAGAAGGCGGACACUCCGGCAAUGGGCAAAGACCUACUUGCUCCAUGUCUUGCUUGGUCUCUCCCCCUAUUCGCCGGAGGGGGAAACACCUGGUCAUUUAUAUCGUACUCUCUGAAUCUUGAAAUGCGCAACACCUCCUCCCCCCGCAACCCCAGUGAUAGUACGAACGAUUUUGGCGUGAACCGCUCUCGCCACAAGCGCCUUUCACCGCCCGACACAGGGAAACAGGCGUAUAUGGCAAUUCGGUACUGCGCUCUAUACAUACACUAUACAAGCGACCCAUCUAGCCAAAAGAUCCUAAAGUGACCCUCAGUGCAACCGUCACAGUAUCCCCCAAAUCACCGUCGAAAAAC